CACCGUUGCAGACGCGGUGGAAACCGCCAGGGCGUCCAGGGUAGCCGGGAUCCUGGCCUGCUACUCGGGUCCGGUCAAGUUCUCGUGCGCGGCCAAUCAGCGCCUGCGGGGCCGGGCUCCGCCCCUCUCGCGGCGCACAGGGUCCAAAGCGGAAUUGGCGGCGCGGGCAGCUCCGGGUGCGCGGCGACAUGGUGCGCGGCAGGAUCUGCAGACUCUUGGUGCGCGACGUGCGCUUCCCCACGUCGCUGGGCGGCCACGGCUCCGACGCCAUGAGACUGAUGCGGAAGACGGGCUCAAGGGGUACGGGCUUACCUUCACUCUGGGAAAAGGCACGGAAGUUGUUGUCUGUGCUGUGAAUGCCCUCGCUCACCAUGUGCUUAACAAGGACCUCAGGGACAUCGUCGGUGACUUCAGAGGCUUCUACAGGCAGCUCACAAGCGACGGGCAGCUCAGAUGGAUCGGUCCUGAGAAAGGUGUUGUGCAUCUGGCUACCGCAGCCCUUCUCAACGCUGUGUGGGACCUGUGGGCCAAGCAGGAGGGAAAGCCUCUGUGGAAGUUACUUGUUGACAUGGACCCCAGGGAGCUGUUAUCCUGCAUCGAUUUCAGGUACAUCACAGACGUCCUGACCGAGGAGGAAGCCUAUGAAAUACUGCAGAAAGGUCAAGUUGGUAAAAAAGAGAGAGAAGGGCAAAUGCUGAUGCACGGCUACCCUGCCUACACCACGUCGUGCGCCUGGCUGGGGUACUCCGAUGACACGCUGAAGCAGCUCUGCACGGAGGCACUGAAGGACGGCUGGACCAGGUUUAAGGUAAAAGUGGGUGCUGAUCUCCAGGAUGACAUCCGCAGGUGCCGCCUCAUCCGAAACAUGAUUGGACCUGAGAAGACGUUGAUGAUGGAUGCCAACCAGCGCUGGGAUGUGCCCGAGGCGGUAGAGUGGAUGUCAAAGCUGGCUGAGUUCAAGCCACUGUGGAUUGAGGAGCCCACCUCCCCUGAUGACAUUCUGGGACACGCAGCCAUUUCCGAGGCACUGGUCCCAUUAGGAAUUGGCAUUGCCACCGGAGAACAGUGCCACAAUAGAGUGAUAUUUAAGCAACUCCUACAAGCAAAAGCCCUGCAGUUUCUCCAGAUUGACAGCUGCAGGCUGGGAAGUGUCAAUGAAAACCUCUCGGUGUUGCUGAUGGCCAAAAAGUUUGAAAUUCCCGUUUGCCCUCAUGCCGGUGGAGUUGGCCUCUGUGAAUUGGUUCAGCACCUGAUUAUAUUUGAUUUCAUCUCCAUUUCUGCAAGCCUUGAGAACAGGAUGUGUGAAUAUGUCAACCACCUGCAUGAACAUUUCAGGUAUCCUGUGGUCAUCAAGAAAGCGUCCUACAUGCCUCCUAAGGAUGCUGGUUAUUCAACAGAAAUGAAGGAGGAAUCUGUAAAGAAACACCAGUAUCCACAUGGGGAAGUCUGGAAAAAACUCCUUGCUGCUCAAGAGAAUUAAAUGUUCAGCCCUUACACCCUUUCCUAAGUGAAAAGGCUUAACCACUUUUUGGGUGUGGUUUUACAAAAACAGGGGAAAGAAAUCGUAGCAAUCAAAACAAGUUCAGCUGAAAGUCCUGUUAACCUCAGGAAUCAGCUUAGUCGUCAUUAUUACUUGAUUCUUUUAGCAAAUAAACACACAUUCUCCUAAUUAAUCCUUAAACAAAUUUAGAUUUACCUCCAAGUCCAGAAAGAUGUUCUUACAAAAUUUCUACCAAGUGCUGUACCCGGACAUUAAAUUAUACUUUGAAAAUAA